GGUCAGUAUUUACUGUUGUCGCGGUGCGCUGGCUGGGUGCGCUCUGUCACGCAUGGGAACUCCGUUUCUGGCGCCGGCUGUGAUAGAGCAUUGCACAUGUUCACCUCAGUUCUGCCCUUUACUGUGAUAUAUUCUGCCUCAUUUUCGAAUGUUACAACUGCGAAACCUCAAGGCAUUGUGUCUUUCAGGUUGGUUACCCCGCGUCGCGACAUCAACCUCAGAGACUUCCUCGAAGGCAACCCUUCCACCUCGACCAUAGAGAUUGUACAGGGAUUCAAAAACUUACAGGAUGCAGAAACCGACCGUCCUGCUCUUGUACUCCGAAGCUGUUGCGUGUCCUAAGGCUCCAUGUGAAGUACUCAGAUGUCCGGUUGUAUCGAGACUAUUCUGCAAACUUGUUCAUGCUGAUCAAGACUCCGCAUUUGAAACAUUUGACUCUCUUUCUUGCCUUGCAUGCUGUGAGAGGAAAGAGGAGGGCAAAACGGUGUCUGCAUCUAUCAUUCCAGGUCCAAUGAUGAUUGCAAAUCAACCGUUUGGGAUAAUAAUGUGGAACGCCUCGACAUACAUGAGUUGCGUAUUGAAGAGGGAUCCUUGGAGGACGCAAGAGCGUUUGGGCAAUCCCUUCGCAAGUUCACCAGGCUGCGGGAACAUGUUUGUGCGAUCCCGAUACACCAAGAGCGCCUCGGUUAUACCCUUGAUUCGAGAUAGCCUAUCUCGGCAACAAUGCGCUGGAAACGAUGCAGCUAGUGAACGAUGGAUUUGAGGCAGCAGAUGUUCGCUUCAAUCGCGACAGUGAAUACCGUGCGCUGGAGAGCAUAGAGGUGUAUCGCUUGGGGGAUCUGGCUGCCACAAUGAAUGUCUCACUUUUUGAUUUCCUAGAUUCAACAUCGUUUCUUGUGCCAAUGUCAUUUUGGGCGGCUCCAUGACCAUUAUCCCAGAAAAACGCGGGUAAUAGGUAUCCAGGCUGCAGGCGAUCGUGGGAAGUCUUGAUCUACGUGUUGUUAUGGAAC